CGGGGGCGCGCAGCCGCUCGAGCCCAGAGCGCGCCUGGUUUCCUUUCCCUCCUAAAGAAAUCCAGUUCCACGAAGGCUUUGCGGCAUCCUGCGAUAGGUGGGCUGCACGUGUCGUGACGUCAUCAAAAAAAAACCCCGCAAUUAUGCUGAAACCAGAGGCUGGAGGGAAGGAAAGGGUUCCCCUUGGGUUAACUGUUAAAAUGAAAAAAGAAGAAACGGGUAAAGUGAUGGAUUCCAAUUAACUCGCAGGUGUCGUCUGGUCCCUUAGGGAACACCCCACCCCUACUUUGGGCUUCGGGCGAGGUCUCUAGUCCCUCGAAGGCUCCCGUAGUGCAAUAUGCGGUAUCCCGGGUUACAGCGCCCCGGGUUACAGCGCCCCGGUAACGGCCACGCCCCCUUCGGGAGCCGGCCUCUGCCAGCUGCCGGGAUCUUGGAAGCUUCCCAUCGAGCGGCCGUGCUCGCCAUGCUCAGUUUCCAGGCCCCAUUAGAUCCCCAUUCCAGGACAAAACGCAUCGCAUUCUACAAGCAAGCGUGCUCCGGAGAGACUUCGGAGGAGGAGACGCCGCCCGAGGAGGAGGAGGAUGUUUUUGAUAUUGAUCUUGCUACGGUGGAUAUGCAACGCCUUCAUCAAAGUAGGAGCAGUGAGGACUUAGUGAGCAUUUCUGAAAUCUCUGACUCUGAUCAAGAGUAUUACAGGAAAUUAGAAGAGCUAAAGGCAGCCCACAAGGAAACGAUGGCAAAAUUAGAGGAAUUAUAUCAAAGUAAAUUACAUUUAAAGCCAGAGACCAUGAAGGAAAAAAUGCCUGGCCCAUGUGAUAGCUCAGGGUGGAUCUCCUCCUCCUGUCAACCUGCCAGUUUGCAAAGAUCAUUUUCUGAGCCCGAUUUGAACCAACCUUCCUCUGUUAGUGUAACAGAUGCAUCUGAGUAUGGAUUUUGCAAUCUAGAAAAAGAAAAUACGAAUGAUGUAAAAAUAAUGCCUUCUGCUAAAGAAUACAUCAGAAACAUGUGGGUCGAUUUUUCUGUGAAAAACUAUCCUUGUGCUCACUCUGAAAGUUCAGAUUCAUCACUCAUUGAAAAACCAGAGAAGAAACCAAAGAUUUGGGUGCCAAAGAUUACAGUGCCAGAGCCUUUUCAAAUGACCAUCCGAGAAGAAAGGAAAAAAAAAGAGUGUCUUAACUCCCAGGCAGAGAAAGAUAAGACAUUUAAACAGCUAAAAAUGCAAGAAGAACAAGCAGAGAAAAAAAGAUUCCGAGCCAAUCCUGUGCCUGAGUCUGUCUUCCUCCCUCUUUAUCAUGAAUUACUAGAAAAAAAUGAAGAAAGAAGAAGGAAUGUGAAGGAGAGAUGCAGAGAGAUCCUUCUGGCCACCCAGAGGCCAUUUGCAUUUAUUGCAAGGGAAGAACUGAAGAAAGCUCAGAAGAUGCAACUGACUGAUCCACCAAAGCCCGAAAAGAAAAAGAGUGUGUUUAAAGCCAGACCUGUUCCCAGGUCCACCUACAGCUCACCUUUUGGCGACAAACUAAAGGAAGAGGAGUUCUUAAGAGAACUUCAAGAGCACUUGAGAACACAGCUGCUCUUACAGAACGCAUCACUCCCCAGAAACAUGUGGGCUCACCAGUCGCCCUCCAAGAGGAAGCUGAAGCACACAGACGAGUGUGGAAAGACUAUACAUGGGAACAAGGUCAGGUAUCCAGUGCCUGACUUCAAAACCCUCCAUGUAAAAUUUCAGAAGCAAUUCUUGCAGCAGAAGAAUCCCAGGCCCACCACAGUCUGUGAACCAUUUGAUCUUUUAACUUUGCGGAUCCCCUCCAAAAAGGAGAAAAUUUUGGAAGACAUUCAAGCUGAUGAAGAAUGUUUGAAAGAAACACGUUGGCCCUAUCUCUCUCCUCGAGGCAAAGCACGAGCAAAGCACUCAAGGACUGAGUAUGCCCUUUGUGAACCAAGUGAUUAUGAUUCUCCCAGAGCUACUGUAUCUUCAAGAAUGAGACAACAAGCCAUCAGGAGAUCCCUUGAGGAAAAGAAAAUAUUAGAAGAGGAAGAAAAACGGAUUCUAGCUAAGCAGAGGAAAAGAAUGAGAGAAUUGCAAAAACGGCUGAUGACCCACGUUCGGGCUUUUGAUACACGUCAAAGUUUAGCCCAAUCUAAAUCCAGAAUGACAAUGCUGAGAAGGAAUGAGAAGGAAAGGAUGAAAGAGUACCUACAAGAACUAGAAGAAAUAGAACAGAGAUUGAAGAAGAGGCCAUUACUGUUUGAAAGAGUUGCUCAGAAUAAUGCAAGACUAUCAGCAGAGAAGCAUUACUCUAAUUGUUUAAGAAAACUAGGACUUUGUGAAGCACUUAUUUCAGCAACAGGUCAAAAUGCAGAGUAUUUCACAGACCAAGAGAAUGAAAACUGCACUGAAGAUGAAGUAAGCCUAGAAGACAAACUAAGAGAACUCUGGGAAGAAAGUGAUCUGGAUGACUUUGUGAGCUAAGAUGGCCUCAAUCAAGCUGAUAAAAGAUCACUCACAAGAAAACUUGGUGGAGAAGAAAGUGGGAAUAAGAAAAGCUUUUUAUGGUGCUGGGAUUACUGUUGCUUACAGCCAACAGCUACCUGCCUUGUGUUAGGAAUGGCUCUGGAAACACAAUCUUUAGAGACAGGUCUCUGUCCUCAAGAAAAUGUUGGAUUUCUGAAUAAGUUUUUUUUAAAGUCCCAAAUCAUUGCUCAUAGAUGCUUUUUAAGCAAAUCAUGCACAGCCUCUUUCAAUAGACACAGGAAGAAAUUUUUAAAAAAUUAAGUGCUAAUGUGAAAUCAGGGCUGCACUAUUGUUUCUCCUUUGUAUUCACCAUCGUUUGUAGGUGAAUAAGCAUUUCUAGUUCAAAUA